AUGUACAGUGCCAUUUACUUUGAGCACGAUGCUCCUAAAAGUGUCUCUGCUCAUGUGAGUCCAGCUGGUGUGAUUGUGGAGGGUCAUUCAGUGACUCUGAGCUGCAGCAGUGAAGCAAACCCAGCAGUCAAAUACAGCUGGUACAGACACACUGAAGAAGACCUGAAACUACUGACUGGACCAAACCUGAUCAUCAGCAACACAAAUAUGACCAUCAGACACACCAACCUGACAAUCAGCAACCAAAACAUGAGCAAAAUAAAUUUGACUGGACCAAACCUGACCAUCAGCAAUGUCAACCCGGCCCACAGAGGACGAUACUACUGUAGAGCUGAAAACCAACACGGGACUCAGAACACAUCAGUGCUGCUGGACGUCCAGUUUCCACCCAAAAUCUCCAGCUCUUGUAGCCAAAACGACACACUCGUCUGCAUCUGUAAGGUUGACGGGAAUCCUCUGCCUAAACUACAGUGGCGUCUGUCUGGAAAUGUUCUCAAUUCCACUGAAGAAAUGCAGAUAAGUGAGCAAACUGUAGGAAACAAGAGCUUGGAGAGCAUCCUGAGCAUCCGCCAGUCUCUCUCAGACUCAUCAGUCCUGCAGUGUUGGACUGCAAACGCUCACGGAUCCGCCAGCCACCAGUUUCAGCACAUCACAACAACACCAGACACAGGUCUCCAUCCUGCAUGUUUGCUGCUGGGAUUUUCUGUAGGAGCAUCACUCGUCCUGAUCUUCUGUGUUCUGACCGUCUGCAAUGAACGAAAAAAGUCUAGAAAACUUUCAGAAAGCAGACAAGACAACGCUUCUGAACUCAUUCGGACUGAAAGCAAAACCUUGCUGUCGUCCACAUUGAUCACGUCAGAAACUGUUCAUUACUCCUCUAUUAACUUCAUGAACGUGGAGUCGACGUCAGGAGAAAUCAGAGGACUUUCAUCACUGACAGAAGAAUAUGCCACAGUCCGACGCCGCACUGUUGACACAACCCCUGAGAUAGACAGCACAACCACACACACACCUGAGAAAAACACAUCUGAAGACACACACACCACUGAGAAUAACACACCACCUGAAGACACACACACCAUCGAAACAAACACACCAUUUAAAGACAUAAAGACCACCGAAACAAACACAACUGAAGACACAUACGCCAUGGUGAAAAAAACACCAUCUGAAGACACACACACCGCCAAGAAACACACACCAUCUGAAGAUGUGAUCUAUGAAGACAUGAGCCAGCACAGGAGGUUAGAGAGUGGUUUAUGUGGCUUCAGUAUCAGUCUGCCGUACAGAGUAGAAGCUCUAGAAGGAUCCUGUGUUUUUAUACCCUGCAUAUUCCAGAUUGAUGAAGAUUAUAAAGAUGACCUCACUGAUGCUGCAAAGGGAUUAUGGUAUAAAGAAAUAUACCCUUCUGGUUUGGUGUUUAACUCCAGCAGCCCUGACAGUGGACAGUUAAAAGGAGAAAUGUUUGACAAAGCUACAGAGAAAAACUGCAGCACUCGCUUCGAUAAUCUCAAACUCACAGACAGUGGCUCAUAUUACUUCAGACUUGAAAGCAACGGUGGACUAAAAUGGAGCUACAUAGAAGUUGAAAUUGUCAUCAAAGCGUCUCCACCCAAUCCCACAGUGCUUCUGUUUCAGGAUCAGCAGGAGGUGAUGGAGGUGACGGAGGGAAAAUCAGUGACUCUGAGCUGCUUUAAGAUCUUCUGUCCGUCUCUUCCAUCAUCUCUCACAUGGAGCUUCAGUCCUGAACACCUCAUCAAUGCAAACAUCACAGAACAGCAGCAUCAAAACCAAACACAUUACUACUCUGAUCUGAUGUUCACUGUAACUCAGCAUCAUCACAGAGCUGAAUUCACCUGCACUGCAACACAGCAGCAGAUCACAACACACAGCACCCGACAGCUACAUGUUCAGUAUGCUCCUAAAAGUGUCUCUGCUCAUGUGAGUCCAGCUGGUGUGAUUGUGGAGGGUCAUUCAGUGACUCUGAGCUGCAGCAGUGAAGCAAACCCAGCAGUCAAAUACAGCUGGUACAGACACAAUGAAGGAGACCUGGAACCAGUGCAGACCGGACCAAACCUGACCAUCAGCAACACAAACCUGACUGAGACAAACCUGACCUUGAGCUACUCCAACCUGACCAUCAACGACAUCAACCCAUCACACAGUGGACGAUACUACUGCAGAGCUAAAAACCAACAUGGGACUCAGAACACAUCAGUGCUGCUGGACGUCCAGUAUGCUCCUAAAAGUGUAUCUGCUCAUGUGAGUCCAGCUGGUGUGAUUGUGGAGGGUCAUUCAGUGACUCUGAGCUGCAGCAGUGAAGCAAACCCAGCAGUCAAAUACAGCUGGUACAGACACACUGAAGGAGACCUGAAACCACUGCAGACCGGACCAAACCUGACCAUCAACAACACAAACCUCACCUUGAGCUACUCCAACUUAACCAUCAGCGACAUCAACCCAUCACACAUUGGCCAAUACUACUGUAGAGCUAAAAACCAACACGGGACUCAGAACACAUCAGUGCUGCUGGACGUCCAGUAUGCUCCUAAAAGUGUCUCUGCUCAUGUGAGUCCAGCUGGUGUGAUUGUGGAGGGUCAUUCAGUGACUCUGAGCUGCAGCAGUGAAGCAAACCCAGCAGUCAAAUACAGCUGGUACAGACACACUGAAGGAGACCUGAAACUACUGCAGACUGGACCAAACCUGACCAUCAACAACACCAACCUGAAUGAAACAAACCUGACCAUCAGCAAUGUCUAUUUGGCUCACAAUGGCCGAUACUACUGUAAAGCUGAAAACCAACACGGGACUCAAAACACGUCAGUGCUGCUGGACGUCCAGCGUGUUUUAUGUGGCUUCAGUAUCAGUCUGCCGGAAAGAGUAGAAGCUCUAGAAGGAUCCUGUGUUUAUAUACCCUGCAUAUUCGAGAUUGAUCAAACAUAUAAUGCUCACCUCACUGAUUCUGCAAAGAGAUUAUGGUAUAAGGAAGGAAUAUCAAAAGAAGAUCAUCAUGUAGUUGUGUUUGACUCCAGCAUCUCAGGCAGUGGACACUUUAAAGGAGAAAUAUUUGGUAAACCUACAGAGAAAAACUGCAGCACUCGCUUCGAUAAUCUCAAACUAAGUCACAGAGGCUCAUAUUACUUCAGACUUGAAGGCAGCGGUGGACUGAUAUAUAGCUACACAAAAUACCCAUACCAUCACCCACGAGUUGAAAUUGUCGUCAGAGCAUCUCCACCCAAUCCCACAGUGCUUCUGUUUCAGGAUCAGCAGGAGGUGAUGGAGGUGACGGAGGGAAAAUCAGUGACUCUGAGAUGCUUUAAGAUCUUCUGUCCGUCUCUUCCAUCAUCUCUCACAUGGAGCUCCAGUCCUGAACACCUCAUCAAUGCAAACAUCACACAACAGCAGCAUCAAAGCCAAACACAUUACUACUCUGAUCUGAUGUUCACUGUAACUCAUCAUCACCACAGAGCUGAAUUCACCUGCACUGCAACACAGCAGCAGAUCACAACACACAGCACCCGACAGCUACAUGUUCAGUAUGCUCCUAAAAGUGUCUCUGCUCAUGUGAAUGGUGCAGCAGUGGAGGGUCAUUCAGUGACUCUGAGCUGCAGCAGUGAAGCAAACCCAGCAGUCAAAUACAGCUGGUACAGACACACUGAAGGAGACCUGAAACCAGUGCAGACCGGACCAAACCUGACCAUCAUCAACAUCAACCGCACACACAGUAAACGAUACUACUGUAGAGCUGAAAACCAACAAGGGACUCAGAACACAUCAGUGCUGCUGGACGUCCAGUAUGCUCCUAAAAGUGUCUCUGCUCAUGUGAGUCCAGCUGGUGUGUUUGUGGAGGGUCAUUCAGUGACUCUGAGCUGCAGCAGUGAAGCAAACCCAGCAGUCAAAUACAGCUGGUACAGACACACUGAAGGAGACCUGAAACCACUGCAGACCGGACCAAACCUGACCAUCAGAAACACCAACCUCACCUUGAGCUACUCCAACUUAACCAUCAGCGACAUCAACCCAUCACACAUUGGCCAAUACUACUGUAGAGCUAAAAACCAACACGGGACUCAGAACACAUCAGUGCUGCUGGACGUCCAGUAUGCUCCUAAAAGUGUCUCUGCUCAUGUGAGUCCAGCUGGUGUGAUUGUGGAGGGUCAUUCAGUGACUCUGAGCUGCAGCAGUGAAGCAAACCCAGCAGUCAAAUACAGCUGGUACAGACACACUGAAGAAAACCUGAAACCACUGCAGACUGGACCAAACCUGACUGGACCAAAUCUGACCAUCAAAAACCUGAUCAAAACAAAUCUGACAGAAACAAACCUUUCCAUUAGCAACACAAACCAGACUGAGAUAAACCUGACUGGACCAAACCUGACCAUCAGCAACAUCAACCGGUCUCACAGUGGACGAUACUACUGUAGAGCUGAAAACCAACACGGGACUCAGAACACAUCAGUGCUGCUGGACGUCCAGUAUGCUCCUAAAAGUGUCUCUGCUCAUGUGAGUCCAGCUGGUGUGAUUGUGGAGGGUCAUUCAGUGACUCUGAGCUGCAGCAGUGAAGCAAACCCAGCAGUCAAAUACAGCUGGUACAGACACACUGAAGGAGAUCUGAAACAACUGCAGACCGAACCAAACCUGACUGAACCAAAUCUGGCCAUUAGCAACACAAACCUGACCGAGAUAAACCUGACUGGACCAAACCUGACCAUCAGCAACAUCAACCGGUCUCACAGUGGACGAUACUACUGUAGAGCUGAAAACCAACACGGGUCUCAGAACACAUCAGUGCUGCUGGACGUCCAGUAUCCUCCAGAAAAACCACAUAUUCAUACAAACAGUGUAGCAGUGGAGGGUCAUUCAGUGACUCUGAGCUGCAGCAGUGAAGCAAACCCAGCAGUGAACUACAGCUGGUACAGACACACUGAAGGAGACCUGAAACCAGUGCAGACCGAACCAAACCUGACCAUCAACACCACAAACCUGACUGAAGCAAAUCUGAUCAUCAACAACACCAGUUUGACCGAGGCAAACCUGACAUUGAGCUAUUAUGAUGUGACCGGACCAAACCUGACCAUCAAGAACAUCAACCGGUCUCACAGUGGAAGAUACUACUGUAAAGCUCAAAACCAACACGGCGUUCAGAACACAUCAAUGCUGCUGGACGUCCAGUAUGCUCCUAAAAGUGUCUCUGCUCAUGUGAGUCCAGCUGGUGUGAUUGUGGAGGGUCAUUCAGUGACUCUGAGCUGCAGCAGUGAAGCAAACCCAGCAGCGAACCACAGCUGGUACAGACACAUUGAAGGAGACCUGGAACCACUGCAGACCAGACCAAACCUGACGCUCCGAAAUACAAACCUGACUGGACCAAACCUGACCAUCAGCAACAUUAACCGGUCUCACAGUGGACGAUACUACUGUAGAGCUGAAAACCAACACGGGACUCAGAACACAUCAGUGCUGCUGGACGUCCACUUUCCACCCAAAAUCUCCAGCUUUUGUAGCCGAAACAACACACUCAGAUGCGUCUGUAAGGUUGAAGGGAAUCCUCUGCCUAAACUACAGUGGCGUCUGUCUGGAAAAGUUCUCAAUUCCACUAACGAAAUGAAGAUAAGUGAGCAAACUGUAGGAAAAAUGAGUUUAGAGAGCAUCCUGACCAUCCGUCAGUCUCUCUCAGACUCAUCAGUCCUGCAGUGUUGGACUGCAAACGCUCACGGAUCCGCCAGCCACCAGUUUCAGCACAUCACAACAUUACCAGACACAGGUCUUCAUACUGGAUGUGUGCUGCUGGGAUUCGCCAUCGGAGCAUCGCUCAUCCUGAUCUUCUGUGUUCUGACCGUCUGCAACCAACGAAAAAAGUAUAGAAAACUUGCCGAAAGCACUCGAGACGACACAUCUGGACUCAUUCUGACGCAAAGCGCCGUCACGUCUAAUGGUCAGUGUGUGUGUGCUGAUAAACGCUUGCUGUUGCCCACAUCGGAAACUCUUCAUUACUCCUCCAUUGACUUCACCAACACGGAGCCGCCGUCAGGAGAAAUCAGAGGACUCUCCACACUGACUGAAGAAUACGCCACAGUCCGACUCCAUCCUGCAAACGCACACACACCUGACAGCACAAACACACCUGAGAAAAACACACCAUCUGAAGACACACACACUGCAGAGAAAAACACACCUGAAGAAGAAGUGAUUUAUGAAAACAUGAAGCUGCAUUAAAGGUUAGUCAGUGUUAAUAGCAUCAAUUAAUUGUUAAUUAUUAUUCUUUUUUGGUAGAAAAAUUCUUCGAUAUACACUCACUGGC